CUCUCUCGCCCUCAUGCAGAGGCGCUUGCAGACAAAGAGGGCGGCCGCGGGAGGCCGGGGAGCGGCUUGUUGUUUUCACCAGCAAAAAGGAAAAGAAAAAAAAAGCGAGGAAGCCGAAUUGCAAAUUCCCACCCUCCAAAAACGGGCUGAACCAGGAAGGCUGGGAAGGGGCUGCUGAGUGUUGGGAGAAGGAUCCUUUUGCCACCACCACCCCGCCCCAGCGUUGAAAAUAGACGGAGAAGCCCCGCACCAGAGACUGACAUCCCCCUCCUUGGCUAUCCUGCAGAUCCCCGGGUGGAUCUUGGUACCUGCAGCGAUCCGGAGAGAGUGGAAAGCGCCCGCGUCCUCGGUUCCGCAAGGGUCCCGUUUCCUGAUCCUGGAGGGUCCCUCGGGGAAGUGGGACUUCUGCAUAGGACGCGUUGCUCAGACGGGAGACAAAUUGGCGUGUGGAUUGCAGUUCUUGGUGGUGGUUGUUGUUUUUGCCCUUUGAAUUUGGAAGAGGAAGGCACGGGAUCUUGCCUGGGAUGUCUCCCAGGAAAACAAAUCAACAGAGAUCAAUAUUUAUGAGGCUAUCCUAAGAUCGUUGGACUGUUAUUUAAUCGAAGUGGAAUUAAAGGAGGAACUUCCUAAGAGGGAGGACGAUGAACCAGUGGAACAGCUUUGCCUUAGGAAGUUGUGGCUUUUUAAGAGGCUUUUAAGAAAAGACUGGGCAGCCACCUCUCUGAAAUGGCAUAGGGUAUUGAGCAGGGCUGGGGGUGGGUCAGACUAGAAGACCUCCAAGGUCCCUUCCAGCUCUAUUCUGAUUGAUGGAUUGAAAGUCAACUUUGUGGAGAAGUGACUUGACUAGGUAGAAUGGAAUUCCUCUGGUCUUCAGGGAGAGGAGCCGUCCAAAACUGGGAGCCUGUCAUUUGGUCUGGAAGCAGAGGGGACUUUGGGGGAAGUGGCAGCCCAAGAAGCAUCUCCGAGGGUCCCUGCAGCUCCGAGGCUGAGCGCUGGCGCUUCCGCAGCUGCCGCUACUGGGAGGCCGAGGGGCCCCGGGCCCUUUGCAGCCGCCUGCACCGGCUGUGCCGGGGGUGGCUGCAGCCCGAGCGGAGCAGCAAAGCUGAGAUGCUGGACCUGGUGGUGCUGGAGCAGCUGCUGGCCCUGCUGCCCCCGGAGCUGUCGGGCUGGCUGAGGGAGUGCGGGGCGGAGAGCUGCGCCCAGGCGGUGGCCCUGGCUGAAGGCUUCCUGCUCGGCCCCACAGCCCCUGAGGAGCUAGCAAAGGGGCAGAUACAGGAACUGUUCAUGGAGGAGAUCUCAGCAGACUCCCAGGGAAGAGAUCAACCCAGUCCUUCUCGGGAGCUUUUCUGGAGGAUCCCACAAGAAGACCCACCUCAGCUCACUUCCCCAUGGCAGGGAAGAACAUCAAUGGAAACCUAUGAAAUGGUACCUGUUUGUGAUGGAGCAGAAGUAGCAUGUCUGCCACCAACUCAGGGCUUCAUAUCCUUUGAGGAAGUGGCUGUGGACUUCACGCCGGAGGAAUGGGCGCUACUCGAUUGGAGCCAAAAAGCCUUGUGGAGGGAGGUCAUGCUAGAGAUAUUUCUGAAUAUAGCCGCUCUGGCAGGUUAUGGGCAGAGCGAUGAGAACGACCAGCAGGCAUGGUUAGUACCCCUGCAAACAGCUGAGUAUGAAAUGGAAGAAGUGAUGUUUGGCCACGAAGGGGGUCCAAAAAGCCAAGAGGAAAGCAACACAGAAGAUGGAGGAGAGAGUUCUUCCACUUCUCUCCCCUUUGAAAUCCAUCCAUUUCUUAUCCAGGAAGCUCAGGAAGAAAACACAAAUGGAAGAUACGCCGGAUGUGGCCAAGGAGAGGAAAAUAUGUUUAAUUUACAUGAAUAUUGUAGAAGCCAGGCUAAAAGGAAACAGUACGGUUGCGGACAAUAUGAAAGAAAUGUUAAUACUUUCUUCUCUCUUGGUUUACCCAAAAAACUCUACGGGAAACACAAACCACAUAGAUUUAUAAAAUUUGGGAGAAGUUUUACUCUGAGCACUUACGUUAAUUCCCAUGAAGAAUUUCACGCAGGGGUGAAGCUGUGUAAAUGCAUGAACUGCGGAAAGAGCUUCAGUACAAACAGUAACCUCCUCCGCCAUCAAAUGAUCCACACAGGUGAAAAGCCAUAUAAAUGCCUGGAGUGCGGAAAGAGAUUCAUUGAGAACAGAGAUCUUACUCGUCAUAGAAGAAUCCACACAGGGGAGAAACCAUAUAACUGCAUGGUGUGUGGAAAGGCCUUCAGAACAAAUGGUCAUCUGACUCGCCAUCAGAAGGUCCACACAGGUGAAAAACCAUACAAAUGCAUGGAUUGUGGGAAGAGCUACAUUGAAAGCAGAGAUCUUACUUGUCAUAAAAGGAUCCACACGGGGGAGAAACCGUAUAAAUGCAGAGAGUGUGGAAAGAGCUUCCCUCGGAAUAGUGCCCUGAUUUGCCAUCAAAAAAUCCACACCGGAGAGAAACCUUAUAAAUGCAUGGCAUGUGAGAAGACCUUCAUUAAGAAAGGACAACUCAUUUCCCAUCAGAGGAUCCACACAGGUGAAAAACCAUACAAGUGUAUGGAAUGUGGAAAGAGCUUCAGUAGAAGCAAUAAUCUUACGUCCCAUCAAAGGAUCCACACAAGGCAGAAACCGUACAAAUGCACGGAGUGCGGAAAGAGUUUUAACUAUAACAGUGGCCUUUCUCGCCAUCAGAGGAAACACACGGGUGAGAAACCGUAUAAAUGCACAGUGUGUGGGAGGAGCUUUAUUCAGAACGGACAACUUCUUUCCCAUCAAAGGGUCCAUACAGGUGAGAAACUGUAUACCUGCACGGAGUGUGGGAAGACGCUCAGUAGCAAGAGUGCCAUUGCCUACCAUCGAAGAAUCCACACUGGGGAGAAACCCUAUAAAUGCGCAGAGUGUGGAAAGAGCUUUAUUCAGAAAGGGCAACUGAUUUCCCAUCAAAGAUUUCACACGGGGGAGAAACCCUAUAAAUGCACGGCGUGUGGAAAGAGCUUCAGCAGUAGCAGUGCCGUUAACUACCAUCAAAGAAUCCAUGCUGGUGAGGAAACAUACAUUCACACGAGGACAGAUUUGAUAGAGCAAUUGCCUUGCCCUAUAACUGAACCAGACAUAGAAAUAGGUGAGAGGAAGGCUGAGGUAGCCAUGCAGGAGCUGUUAACAAGGGAGAUCUCAACAGAGCUCCAGGAAAGAGAAGAUAGAUCCAGUCCUUCUCAAGAGUUAUUUUUCAGGAGGAUCCAACUCUGGCCAACUUGCCAGGGGUCUAAUUUCUUUGAAGAGGUGGCUGUGGACUUCACAGAGGAGGAGUGGGCACUGUUGGAUCCCAGAGAGAGGGCCUUAUGCAGUGAAGUCCUGCUGGAGGUUUCUAGGAAUAUGGCUGCUCUGACAGGUGACGGGCUGGAGAAUGAGAACGACAAGCAGGUGAGAUCAAUGCCACUGCAAACAACAAAUCUUGAGGUAGAAGAAAUAAUGUUUGACUAUGAAGGAGCUCCAAAAACUCAAGAGAGAAGACAGUCAGAAGACAUGGGGGACAGUUCCUCCACUUCUCUUCCUGUUGAAAUCCAUGGUUUCCUGACCCAACAAGGUCAGAAAGGGAAGAAAAAGGGAAAAUCCAGCAAAAGGGAGGAAAAUAAGUUUGAUUUGUCUGAGUAUAGCAGAAGUCAGUCUAAAGGCUUUAUAAAUUAUGGAAAAUACAUCAAUAAUUUUUUCUCUCUUACUUUACUUAAGAAACUGUAUAAGAAAUACAAAUCACAUCCAUUUAUAAAAGUUGGUAAGGAUUUCAAUCUGAGCAGAGACAUGAAACUGUGUAUGAAGUCUGGAAAGAGCUUCACUAUCCACAGUAUUUUUAAUCACCAUCAGAGGAUCCACAAGGGGGAAAGAACUUAUAAAUUCAUGGAGUGUGGAAAAAGCUUUUGUCAGGAUGGAAUGCUUACUCAUCAUAAAAGGAUCCACACAGGCGAAAGACCAUAUAAAUGCCUAGAGUGUGGAAAGGGAUUUACUCGCAAAGGACAUCUUACUUGUCAUGAAAGGAUCCACACAGGGGAAAAACCUUAUAAAUGCACUGAAUGUGGAAAAGUCUUCAGAACAAAUGGCCAUCUGAUUCGUCAUCACAGGAUCCAUACAGGGGAGAAAACAUAUACUUGCAGGGAGUGUGGAAAGCGAUUCAUUGAGAAUAGAGAUCUCAUUACCCAUCAAAGGACGCACACAGGGGAGAGUCUCUAUAAAUGCCCUGACUGUGGAAAGAGCUUUACUCAGAAAGGACAACUUAAUUCUCAUCAAUGGGUUCACACAGGGGAGAAACCUUACAAAUGCCCAGAGUGUGGAAAGGGCUUCAGUACAAACUGUAAUCUGGCUCGCCACCAAAAGAUCCACACAGGGGAAAGACCAUAUAAAUGCCUGGAGUGUGGAAAGAGCUUUUUCGACAAUAAAGAUCUGACUCGCCACCAAAGGAUCCACACGGGAGAUAAACCAUAUAAAUGCCUGGAAUGUGGAAAGAGCUUUGCUCAGAAAGGACAACUUAAUUCCCAUAAAAGAAUCCACACUGGUGAGAGACCAUAUAAAUGUAUGGCAUGUGGAAAGCAGUUCACUCAGAAAGGAAAUCUUACUGAUCAUGAAAGAAUCCACACAGGGGAGAAACCAUAUAAAUGUACUGAAUGUGAAAAGAGCUUUGCUAAGAAAAGACAGCUUCAUUCUCAUAAAAGGAUCCACACAGGGGAGAGACCACAUACAUGCAUGGAGUGUGGAAAGAGCUAUUUCGAUCAGAGAGACCUUACCCGCCACCUAAGAACCCACACGGGGGAUAACCCAUAUAAAUGCCUAGAAUGGGAAAAGACCUUGAUUGUCAACAGAGACCUUAUUUGCCAACAAAGUAUCCACACAAGGGAGGGUCCAUAUAAAUCAAUUGAGUGUGAAAAAGACUUUAAUGACUACAGCAUCUUUACAUCUUAUAAAGAGAUGCACGCAGGAGAAAAUGGAAUGAAGGAGGGCUCUGCGAGGACAGGGCGGGGCGAGAAGUUUUGGCGGGAAGGAUUUGCAACUCCUGUGCUGAGGCGAAGAAACUCUGAGGGGAGCGGAGCCCGCGUUCUCCCCCCCCCGCCCCAUGAAACCGGGAAAGUGGCGAUCGAUGGCGGAGGCUCUGCCCUGGCUGAAAGAGGCCUUUGGGAGACGCUGAAGCCGGAGGCCAAAUGCCAAAUGGAAGCCCAAGGAUCUUUAAGGGCGGUAGCAGCAGCAACAGCCCCCAGUACCCUCCAGGGCUCUGAUCCCUUUGAGGAGGUCACUGUGGACUUCACAGAAGAGGAAUGGACACUGCUGGAUUCAGGCCAGAGAGAUUUGUGCAAAGAAGUCUCAUUGGAGGCUUUUAGGAAUAUGUCUGCUGUGGAUGAUGGAAUGGAGAAUGAGAAGGAGGAAAAGUUAAUGCCACUGCAAACAACAAGUUAUGAAGGAGAACUUACUGAUCAUGAAAGGAUUCACACAGGAGUGAAACCAUAUAAAUGUACAGAGUGCGGAAAGAGAUUUUGUUUCAAGCGUAAUCUUAAGCGCCAUGAGAGGAUCCAUAGCGGGGAGAAACAAUAUAGCUGCAUGGAGUGUGGAAAAUGUUUCACUCAGAAAAGUACUCUUUCUGAACAUGAAAGGGUUCACACAGAAGUAAAACCAUAUAAAUGCACAGAGUGUGGAAAGAACUACCGUUUCAGGUGCAAUCUUAAUCGCCAUGAGAUGAUCCAUAGACGGGAGAAACAACAUAGCUGCAGGGAGUGUGGAAAGAGAUUCUUUCAGAACACAGCUCUUACCAUCCAUCAAAGGAGUCACACAGGGGAGAAACCAUAUAAAUGCCUGGAGUGUGGAAAGAGUUUUAUUUCAAAUGGAAAUCUUAAUGCUCAUAAAAGAAUCCACACAGGGGAGAGACCGUUUAAGUGCAUGGAGUGUGGAAAGCAGUUCAUUCGGAAAAGAGAUCUUACUGAUCAUGAAAGGGUUCACACAGGAGUGAAACCAUAUAAAUGCACAGAGUGCGGAAAGAGAUUUCGUUUCAAGCGUAAUCUUAAGCGCCAUGAGAGGAUCCAUAGCGGGGAGAAACAAUAUAGCUCUGUGGAGUGUGGAAAAAGUUUCACUCAGAAAAGUUCUCUUUCUGAUCAUGAAAGAGUUCACACAGAAGUAAAACCAUAUGAAUGCACAGAGUGUGGAAAGAACUACUGUUGCAGGUGCAAUCUUAAUUGCCAUGAGAUGAUCCAUAGAAGGGAGAAACAACAUAGCUGCAUGGAGUGUGAAAAAGGAUUCUAUGAGAGGACAGAUCUUACUAUCCAUCAAAGGAUCCACACAAGGAAGAAACUAAAUAGUUGUGAGGAAUGUGGAAAGGCUUUUGUUUUAAUAGGAGAACUUAAUUUUCAUAAAAGUCACACAGGUGAGAAAGUAAAUAAUUGCAUAGAGAGUGAAAGUUUCAAUUUCAGGAAUAGUCUUGAUAACCAUGAGGGGAUCCACAGAAGGGAGAAAAAACAUAGCUGCAGGGAGUGUGGAAAGAGAUUCUUUGAAAACAGAGAGCUUACUAUCCAUCAAAGGAGUCACACAGGGGAGAGACCAUAUAAAUGCCUGGAGUGUGGGAAGAGCUUUAUUUCAAAAGGAAAUCUUAAUUCUCAUAAAAGAAUCCACACAGGGGAGAGACCAUUUAAGUGCAUGGCAUGUGGAAAGCAGUUCAUUAGGAAAACACAUCUUUCUGCUCAUGAAAGGGUUCACACAGGAGUGAAACCAUAUAAAUGUUCGGAGUGUGGAAAGACCUUCCGUUUCAGGAGCAAUCUUAAUAGUCAUGAGAGAAUCCACAGAGAGGAGAAACAAAAUAAUUGAAUGGUGUGUGGAAAAGGAUAUGAGGGGAAACAUUACUAUGUGUCAAUCAAUCAAAUGUUUAUUGUCAGUGCACAACAUGUGUACAAUGAAAUUGAAAAGGAUAUGCAUAUAGGAGAGCCCCUAUAAACACACUGUAUAUUCAACAAGCUCCCAUUUCAAAAGUUCUCUUAGUUCCCAUGAGAGGAUGCACAGAUUCCUACAGGGAGUCUGGAAAAGGAUUCUGUGAGAGGAGAGACCUUGUAGCUAUUAAAGGAUUCACAGAGUAGAAAGACCGUAUAAAUGGAAAGAGUAUGGAAAGGGCUUCAAUACGAACUUUCACGUAGCUCAACACAAGAGAUCCACACAGGGAUUAAACUGGAACAUGGAAAGAGCUUUACUUAGGUGUCAACGUUGAGACAGAUUGGGAGUGUCACAGCCAUUUUCUCUGUUUCUCAGCUUGACACACUUUGGGGGAAAGUGGGAGCUUUGGAAUGUCAGACCAGACAUCAACAACUUACUAUCUUGUGGGAACCAAGGUUAUUUAACAGGUGCUGGCCAGAGACUGGAAGAGGUUUCCAAGGAGAUGCCAGAACACCUGACUGAACAAUGUGACCUGUGACAAGGAGGGAGGAAGCUGUCUAAUCUUUUACUGAAAGUGUGGGAAAUAGCCAGAGCUGAUUUUGUUUUUCAACUGUGCUGAA